GGGAUUUUUCCGCAGCUCUCGGAUAUGCUGACACUUGCUCACUCUUCCUAAUACUAGAGCUACCCCUUCCCUCUAAGGAUCCGUGUCUCAUAUAUUCCCUAAAAGGAUUCGUUCCGAACCUACUAUCUUCCUGACUUAUAAGUCGCCAUAGCCUUUAAUCCUCAUAGUUGGUUGUCACUCAAGCUGCCCGAUUAUCUCUUCGUCCACCUUCGUCUACCUCGAUGUCAUGAUCCUCCCUACUUCCUACGUAUUUGACGCCAUCGUUGAUUGGACGUUUAAAUAAUUUUACCUGAUAUUAUUACUUUUACGUUUUGUUGAUAUUGCAUUAUUAUAUUAAAUUGAUUACUACUAUUAGUUCCAUUUCGUUGCAACACCUAUAUACUCGUCUUUACUGCAUCAACAACCAAUUACAAAUUAAACAUCUAAACCUAAAUUGAAUCCUUAGAAUACUUUCUGCAUUUCCGGAGUCGUAGUUCGAACCCCGUCCCGUUAAUUAACCUAAUACUAGGCCACAACUACACCAUUAGAAUUAAAGGCAUCGGCACUGACUCAUGAUUAAGGAGCCCUUAUAAACUAAAUAAUAAAUUGUAAGUCAGGCCAUGAUUGAGACCGAGAUUCAAUGGCAUAUUCCUUGCAGCCGGGCCUGAGUACACAACAUCUGUACUCAGCCGUUCUACCGCACCGUACAGCCCCAUAUAGACAAUUAAGAAAGCGAACAUCUCUAUAAUUAAUAUUAAUCUUAAGUAACCAGGCACAGUAAACUCCACACCCUAACAUAACUGUACAUAAAGGCAUAAUUAAAAUAAACCCGGUCAUAACAAUUCCACUUUCAUUUGUCUUUCCAUUUCAUUAUUUUCCCUUCUUAUCUCAGUUGGUAAAACGUCUGCUGACUUUUAGAUUUUAAAAGUUUUGAUGAAAUUAGAGUUUUAAUAAAACUUAGAGCUAAACUAUUCAAUUAAAGUUUAACACACUAUCAAACUCAAAGGUGAUGAGAGAAGUUUUAGCUUUGCUUGUGGUGCUCGGUAUAUGGACCACGAUAAAUGGUCACGCGUCUGAUCAUCCAUACGCUACAAAACUGACGGGACCACUGACUACAUUCACAGAUGUUGGUGGUUGGUGGAGAAUUGGGGAUCACAGACUACAGUGUGGAACGGAGAACGAUAUCCCCGUACCUGGAGACUACUUAAACGAAGGGAGCAAAAGGAUCGCAGUAUUUCGACCCAGUAAUGGAUACUGGUAUAUAAAGGGUAAAGGGGAAAAGGACUGGGGUGCUUCAGCUGGAAACGUGGCACUCCAGUGUGGUAUGAAUGGUGAUGUCCCGGUACCUGGAGAUUACAACGGAGACGGCAUCGUGGACAUCGCUGUUUGGCGCCCUUCCGUUGGGUAUUGGUACAUCAAAGGAAAGGGAACUUCGCACUGGGCAGCAAGUUCGGGAAAUAUAGGAGUGCAGUGUGGACAGAGAGGAGAUGUCCCAGUUCCCAUGGACUACUUUAACGAGGGGAAACUAAGACUGGCUGUCUGGAGACCGAGCAAUGGAGUCUGGUAUAUCAAGGGAGACAACAGAAUACUACACUGGAAUCAAAGCAACGGGAAUAUCGCCCUACAAUGCGGGAUGAGUGGUGAUAUACCAGUUCCUGGAGACUACUUUGGGGACGGGAUAGUUCGUCUUGCUGUUUGGAGACCAAGUAACGGAGUUUGGUACAUCAAGGGGUCCAUCCAAGCUUCCUGGGCAUUGAGCGGUGGUAAUGUAGCCGUACAGUGCGGUAUGCAGGGUGAUAUUCCGGUCCCGUACGAUUACUUUAAUGAGGGAAAGCUGAGGAUCGCUGUGUAUCGCCCAAGUAACGGUGCCUGGUAUAUCAAGGGUGAUGGGGUGCAGAAUUGGGGAAGCUCGGCAGGAAACGUAGUCUUCUACAAAGGAAAUGUGGAUUCACAUUCUAAGAUCCCAGUCCAUCUUGUUUAAACAAAUGUGACUUGUGAAUGAACAUUGAGCAUGGUUGCACUCGAAAUUUGUAUUCCAAUAAUUACAAUUGUAAUACUAUGUAUGGUACUUAUAAUUGCGAGUAUUGAAAUACAAAAUUCGAUUUACGUUUUUAAUUGUGGCAAGAUAAAAAUCAUAUAAUUCGUGAUGAUUGAGAAAAGUAGGUAUUGCAAUCUUUAAUAUAAUAGUAAAUAUUAAUUUAUCUUCAUGACUUUUUUGCUGAAAAAAAUGAAUUUUUUUUAUUGUUUAUUCUUGUUCUUGUUCUUUUUUUGAGAAGAAAGAUAAUCUUCAAACAAUUUACUCAAACAAUUUCAUCAAUAGUCAUUGUCC